AUGAAAUAUAUAUUUAUUAUUUGUUUUCUACCAGUCAUUUUUUCAUCACCAUAUUAUCAUGAAAUUGUAAUCAAUUCUGAUGAUGAUUGUUGGUCAUCGGAAAAUAAUAACAAAACAAUCGAUAAAAAUUAUGCAACUUUAGUUAAAUUUUCACCUAAAAUUGCCUAUGGAAAAGAUAGUUGUUCAGUAUUUAUAACUAAUCCUUGGUUAAAAAAUAUACAAAAUGGUUUUGGAUUAUUUUUAUCUCGGGAAAUGGAUUGCGCUUCAACUCUUACAAUUGAUUGUCUUCCUGAUAAUAAUUUAAUUAAUCAAGUAACAUCAGCACCAAAACAAUUUACAUGUCAUACGAGUAAAAAUAAAAUUGAAAUGCUUUGUAACACAAUUCGUUUAACAUAUAAACGAAAUCUAAAUAGUGAAGAAAGAAAACGAACAACACAAGUACAAGUUGUUGCAUUAGCUAAAGAACCUUGUGAUGAUAGCGAUAUAUUUUUUCAAUGUCAAAUUGAUUAUCCUAAUUCAUGUAUUGAUAGAAAACUUCAAUGUAAUGGACGUUCUGAAUGUCCAAGUGGUUAUGAUGAACGAAAUUGUCAUAAUGCAUCAUCAGAUGGUAUUUCAAUAACUGCAAUUAUUCUGAUAACGUUAGCAUUAAUUAUGCUUUUUUGUAUCUUAUCAACAGUUUUAAUUUGUUGUUGUUGUCGAGCUGCAUGUAAUGGAAUUGUUCGACGUUUUCGCUCAAAAAAAGGAAGUAAUACUAUUCAAAAAGGUGAUAUUACUAUUUCUGGUGAAGAUGCUGGUUUAAUGAAAGGACUUACAGCACCAGCAACUGUUGUAGAAAUUUUACCUCAACAACAAUAUACAGGACCUCCAGCCUUAAUUAUUGAUUCGACUAAACCAAUUUAUCCUCGUUUGGAAUAA